AAAAAAAACGGAAUCUGCUCGGUUUUUAUCCUCCCCUGUUUAUAUGAAAAUAUUUCUCCGGCGGCUGGCGCAGGAUGGCUGAACCUCGAUUUAACAAUCCUUAUUUCUGGCCUCMACCUCCUGCCAUGCCUGGCCAGCUGGAUAAUCUAGUCUUGAUCAAUAAAAUCAAGGAGCAGCUGAUGGCAGAGAAGAUCCGGCCGCCACACCUGCCCGCUUCUUCGGCCGCUUCCCAGCAGCCUUUGCUCUCCCCCUCCAGCCAGGCUGAGGGAACUCAAAACGGGAUGUCCAAAACGCAGCACAUGCCGGCCCUCCACAGUCCCAGCUCCUCUCAGCCCGAUAUCGCCCUGCACGCCCGCCCUGCAUCCAGCUCCGUCACAGGUCGUAUUCUUGGAGAUGUAAAUUUGAAUUUGGAUGACAAGGCAGCUAUAAAAGCCCGAGGAUUGUGGGAAGACUGGCACCUACGUCAGCUCAUAGACCAUCCCUCCAGAACAAACCACGUYUCAGGUGUGGCGCUGGCAUCGAGGACAGGGAACCUCAGCACUUCAGAGAUCAUAACCCCCACGACACCCACCUCCAGCAGCCACGGCCGGCUCGGUGGAGCUCCCACCCCACACCUGCUCUCGGGGUUAGCCAGUGGCCACGGGGUUGAGCCUGGGAAAAGCAACGGCGGCCUCGUGGGACUCCUCGGCCCCCCUCCGAAGGCGGAACGGGGGCGCAAGAGGAUCAAGGCCGAGAACGGCUCGUCCCUUCUGGUUGUGCCCUACCCGAUCCUCGCCUCGGGAAAUGAGCCGUCCUGCGUCACCAUCACCCCAAAACAGGGGAAAACCUACAGGUGUAAAAUUUGUCCGCUGACCUUCUUCUCCAAGUCCGACAUGCAAAUUCACUCCAAAUCGCACACGGAGGCRAAGGCCCACAAGUGUCCCCACUGCACCAAGACCUUCCAGAACGGGGCCUACCUGGCCCAGCAUCUGCGCAUCCACCUGAACAUCAAACCGUAUCGCUGCUCCUACUGUGAGAGAUGCUUUCGCCAGCUGUCCCACGUGCAGCAGCACACCAGAAUCCACACAGGUGAACGGCCAUAUAGAUGUGCCCACCCAGGGUGUGAAAAGGCUUUUACCCAACUGUCUAACCUGCAGUCUCAUCAGAGGCAACACAACAAGGACAAACCCUUCAAAUGCUCCAAUUGUUUCCGUGCCUAUUCAGACUCGGCCUCGCUGCAGAUCCACCUGUCUGCACACGCCAUCAAAAAUGCCAAGGCCUUCUGCUGCAGCAUGUGUGGCCGGGCUUACACCUCAGAGACAUACCUAAUGAAGCACAUGUCCAAACACGCCAUGGUGGAGCACGUUGUGUCCCACCACCACUCCCCCCUGCACAGGACUGACUCGCCCACCAUUCCUAUACGGAUUUCCCUCAUCUGAGCCCAACUCCCACCCUUCCUUUCAAACUCUAAAGGACCAUUUCACUCAAAUAUCCGUUUCAAAUUCAUGCCUGUGCUCGGAGAAGAGGUGCUCCUUUCAACGGCUGCAUUGUUUGAAAGUUUUAAUGGGAUCAUCCAAAGAUGAUUUCAGCACUUUCAGGCCUGGGAGUGACAGGCCGAGUAUUUUUAUUUCAUUUUAUUUUUUAUGUGACUUGACUGAAAACAUCGAAUUGCUCCAGGCAGCUACAGAGAGAACCUUUUUAAACUUUUACAGAUCACUUUUAUACACUCCUUUACUUUCUCCCCUCAAUUCUUGGCAGAGAAGUUAUAUUGUCGCCAUAAUUAGUCUUCCAUUACCCAACAUGACGAAAUAGGCGUGUGUAUUCAUCUGUGUCGAAUCACCUUAUUGGUUAGCGUUAGUAAGGUUUUUAUUCAUUGCAUGGCACAACCACGCACAUCUUUCUUCAAUGUUUUUGUAAUUUCAAUGGUUUCCUGAACUUAUUUCAUGAUUAAAAUGUGAUAAAUAGUA